CCCCAUUUGUUCCAAAAUAGACAAAAACCAUGUCGAACUCCGUCAUAUCGGUUAUUUCUCGGUUUCUAGAGGAGUACACCACCACGACGCCCAACAAGCUGAAGGUGGUGGAUGCGUAUCUGCUGUACAUCUUGUUGACAGGAGCGCUGCAGUUCCUCUACUGUCUGCUCGUCGGCACCUUCCCCUUCAACAGCUUCCUGUCGGGCUUCAUCUCGUGUGUGGGCGCUUUCAUUCUCGGAGUAUGUCUUCGUAUCCAGAUCAACCCACAGAACAAAGGAGACUUCUUGUCCAUCUCCCCGGAGAGAGCCUUUGCUGAUUUCCUAUUCGCACACACCGUCCUCCAUCUGGUUGUGAUGAACUUCAUUGGUUGAGGGACGUGCGAUCUGGUGUCCUCCCUCUCAGAUCAUGACAAGAGACCCUAUCAAAACUCCCCUUCAGGACUCAAAGCUGCAUCUGCUUUCGUGCCACAACCACAUCAGACCGAAUGCAGUACAAUUUUCUUACAGAUAUGGAUUGAUUGAUUGAUUCUUUUUUUUUUUUUUUUUACAUUACAAUCUGUAAAGCAUUCCUUUUUGCACCGAAAAGAAAUAAAAACAACUUAAAUAUUGA